UCUAGCUGGCGUCGAGGAAAUCAAGCAAUCAAGACUUUGCUUCAGCAGAGAGACAACAAUGAGUGAAAGAGAGAAACAAAAACUUUCACGGAAGCUUCAGAAACUGGAAAAGAGAAAAGCAAAGAGAGAAGGAGAAAUAGAAAAGAAUAAAAAAAGAAUAAAUUGGUGCACAGUGUCACUGUAGACAAAUGCAACCAAAAUCUAAUUUGCAUUUGGUUUACAUAUUCCGUUGGAGGGGCAUUUUACUGUUUUCGAUAGCUAUUUUAGCUAAAAGGUGGAUAUUCAUCAUCCAUUGCGACUCUGUGAGUGCUCUCAAUGUUUGAGCUCAAAGUCUCGAACUUGGCCGAAAUUCGAAAACCCUUCCAUGUCAGUCCCUGUCUUAAGGUCUUUCACGAUUGUCGUCUGCCGCUUCCUUCUCCAAGGAACUGGGUCUCCUUUGUGUGCAAACACAGGCACAGCAACAGCUUCAGCAAACAAGAGCAAACCCAGAAGUGGGAUGGGUUGAAGCUCAUUCGUGGCGUGAAGCUCUUGAAGGAUCUAAGUACUUGGGGCAUUGGCGGCCCUUGCAAUUAUUUCGUCCAAGUUCACAAUCAAACCCAACUUGUUUCUGCUGUCAGAUACUGUCAUGAGCAUUGCAUACGAUUCAUUGUUAUUGGUAAAGGCUCAAAUUGUCUCUUUGACGACAUGGGUUUUGAUGGCUGUGUUAUUCUGAACCGAAUUGAGUUCUUGGAGACGAAUGAACCCGGUAUUUACAGAGUUGGAAGCGGCUUUCGAUUUAAUAAAUUGGGCAUGCAGUGUUCGAAUGAAGGAUUCACAGGCGUUGAAUUUGCUGGAGGAAUUCCUGGGACUGUUGGGGGAGCUGCUUAUAUGAAUGCUGGAGCAAAUGGGCAGGAGACUGCUGAUGUUGUUGAUAGCAUUGAUAUUGUAAAAACUGAUGGAAGGUUUCAGACGCUUAGCAGAAUCGAUCUUAACUUUGGCUACCGGUCAUCCUCAUUUCAAUAUAUGGAAGACUUGGCAGCCAUUGUUGCAGUCACAUUCCGCCUGCACCCCUCAGGAUCAUCAAAGAAAAGGCUACAAGAGUAUCUUAAAAGGAGGAGAGUAUCUCAACCGAUGGGGGAAAGAAGUGCAGGGUCAGUGUUCCAAAAUCCAUGCCAUUUGGGAGUUGCAGCCGCUGAGUUGAUUGAGAAAGCUGGAUUAAAAGGUUUUAGAGUGGGAGGAGCUAUGGUGUCCAACAUCCAUGCCAACUUCUUCAUAAAUUCUGGUGGCUCAACUUCCCAAGACAUGCUUGACCUCAUUGCUACCGUCAAGGAGAAGGUUGAUCACAAGUUUGGGAUACAACUCAAGGAAGAAAUACUAUAUGUAGAUCCAUAUUGUGAUGAUUUGAGUCCAAAUCAUGUAUAUUUGAUAAAAGGAAACAAUAAAAACUCAGCAUUCAUUAAUAUCUGAUGAAGUUGAAACAAUAUUCAUUCCAAUUAGAGUUUUGAAAAUUUUCAAA